UACAGGGGGACAUUGGGAGGGCAUUCUUGGCAAAAGAACUGAGACGUGAGAGAAGCAGGCGUAUUCUUGGUCGAAUGAAGAGCUAGGUCGAAUGAAAGAAAGGGUGGGGGAGAUGAAGGGGACUGGUCUAGGGAGAGGCCCAGAGAUCAGUGAGGAGUCCAGAAAAGUGUACAGUUAGUUGAGAAGAAUGAAGCCUGAGGCCUGAAAUUUUUUCAAACAGGUGGUUACUAGGCAGAACGGAGGGAGGUAGGGAUGGGGGAUCAGAUCUAUACAGGGAAACAGAAUGUGUGGAAGGAAUGAUUCCAGUUCUGCAAAGGAGCAGGGCUCUUGGGUUCAUCCCAUUUAUUGAGUAACUGCUCUGGGUCAGAUACUAUUCUGGGUUCUGAGGACACAGCUGUGAACAUUCAAAAGGAGAAGGGAGGUAAUGACAUAUACUGUACUUCAGAUGGUGAUUACUGCUUCAGAAAAUAACGUGGGGAAGGGAAGAUUGUGGCGGAGAGGAAAGAGGGGGAGGUUUACUAUUUUACGAGUGUGUUAGGGAAACUUGUCUAAUAACAUAUUUGUGCAGAGAUCUGAGGAAAGUGGGAGAGUGAGCCCUGCAGUUAAUAUGAGGGGGAAGCAUUCCAGACAGGGGACAUGUUCAGUUUGAGAUGCCUGUUGUAAAUUCAAGUAAAGAUGUUGACUUGAGAACUGGCAACACCAGCUUGAAGUUUAUAGAAGUUUGGGCUGAUGUUUUUGAAACCAUGAAAGUGAAUGAGAUCACCCUUGGAAGUAAGCAUAAAUGGAGAAGAGGAGAGAAGUUUCCAUAGAAGUUUCCAAGCCCUGAGGCAUGACAACAUUAAGAGAUCAGGAAGAUAGGAAUGAUGAAAAAUGAAGACCAAGAAUGAACAGCCAGUGAGAAGUCGACAGUGUGGGGAGUUGGAGUGACUCGGCUGGAUGUGACCCCCAGGACAGAAUGGUGCUGGACUCAGGGGCUCAGGUGUAUGAGCAGGCACCCCCCAGCCUACCAGCCAGUCCCUCGUCCUUGCGCCAUAGGCUGAAGCCCUCAGACCGAGAUGGGACACUGCUGUACCCCUGGCCUCGGUCCCUGGCCUUGCCCCUGGCUCUGUCAAUCCCCUCAGCCCUGCGGCCCCAGCCUGAGCUGCAGCCCUUCUCAGAGCUGCACUUGGGCCACCGUGGCCACAUGCGUCGCAGUGAGAGCACCUAUACUGUAAAUAGUACUGGCCGGCGGGGGGGUGGCACCCAGGGUCGGGCCCCACCUGGACGGGGACGGGACCCAGGUGGGGGCACCCUGAGGUCUGCAGCCUCUCUUCCUCAUAUUGCUAAGAGUCGAAAGGAUGCAGGCCGUGGUGCCAGCAAGAGCCCUUGCAUGUUGGUGGCUUUGCGGCCAACUAACAUGGACCGUGAGCGGGACAAGUUCUUCCAGUCCCACUAUACCUACAACCCACAGUUCGAAUACCAGGAGCCCAUGCCCACGGCUGUGCUGGAGAAGUACUGUGAGGCUUCUGGACAGUUCAUCCAUCAGGCAGUAGGCAUCAUUGAGGCUGUCCUGGAGAAAUUUGGUACCUAUGAACACUUUGAAGCUGCAACUGGGGGCCAGCUGCUGACCAAGUGCCAGAUCUGGUCUAUUGUGCGCAAAUACAUGCAGAAGGAGGGCUGCGUUGGGGAGGUUGUUGUGCAGCUGAGUGAGGACCUGCUGUCCCAGGCAGUGAUGAUGGUGGAGAACAGCCGACCAACAUUGGCCAUCAACCUGACUGGAGCCCGCCAGUAUUGGUUGGAGGGCAUGCUGCGGCACGAGAUAGGCACUCACUACCUGCGGGGAGUGAACAACGCCCGGCAGCCGUGGCACAGCGCCGAGGGCCGGCUGCAGUACGGUCUGCGGCCAGCGAACCCCACGGAGGAGGGCUUGGCCAGCCUGCACAGCGUGCUGUUCCGCAAGCAGCCAUUUCUGUGGCGUGCCGCACUGCUCUACUACACCAUCCACCGCGCCUCGCGCAUGUCCUUCCGCCAGCUCUUCCAGGACCUGGCGCGCUACGUACAGGAUGCUGACGUGCGCUGGGAGUACUGUGUGCGCGCCAAGCGCGGGCAGACUGACACCUCGCUGCCGGGCUGCUUCAGCAAGGAUCAGGUGUACCUGGAUGGCAUCGUGCGCAUUCUCCGGCACCGCCAGACCAUCGAUUUCCCACUGCUGACUUCACUGGGCAAGGUGUCCUAUGAGGAUGUAGACCAUCUGCGGCCCCAUGGGGUGCUGGACAAUACCCGGGUGCCCCACUUCAUGCAGGACUUGGCACGCUACCGGCAGCAGCUGGAGCACAUCAUGGCCACCAACCGGCUGGAUGAAGCAGAACUGGGCCGCCUACUGCCUGACUGAUGCUGGUUAAGGGCUGUAGGCAGAGGCCCUGGACAGAGGGCCCCAGAUCAGCUCCCCGAACAUGAAGCUGACUGUUCUGUGCUUCCAUGGCCUAGAUGUUUCUUGGGGAACUGGGAGGGCAGGAGCAUCCCAGGAGGUAGGGAUGGCAUCAGAGGGUUUGUGUCCCUUGGUAGCCUUGCUGGGGCCUAGGGACCAGCAGCAGCAUGUCAGGCAAACUGAGUCUGCCCUCCUACCUCUAGUUCUCUCUUGAGCAGAAGGUAAGCCUGAGGGCAGGAGGGAAGCUGAGCAUGAUGGGGAUGGGGGGUGGUUUGGGAGUAGAAACUUGUUCUUGCAUGAGAUGGCUUUGAGUGUCUGCAUACUCCAGUCUCUCCCUUCCCCCACCUGGCCCCUUGGUGCUCCUUCAGCUUUCACGCUGUCUACCUCUCACUGGGUCCUGGUGGGGAUCUCCCUUCUCCUGGGGUGACUGCCUGAGCCUGAGGGCCUGGCUUUCACACAGACUCAAGGGGCAGGGAUCCUGGUGGUAGAGACCCAGCUGGGCUGGGGUGUGCUUUCCAGCAUUUUGCCUCUCCCACUGGUCACGUAUUUAUUCCCUAUUUAUGUGCUCUGCAUCCUGGGUCUUGGGAGGCAGCAGCCUCUGAAGGUUUGGUGGAGGGAACAGAGCUCCUCUGGAAGGCACCAACUGUUCCUAGCUCCACUCUCAUCUCCCUCCCUCUCUUCCUCAUACACACAUACACACACACACACACACACACACACACACACACACACACAGUUCUUCAGGACUUGUGAGUCAAGCCCAAGAGUUCACCUGGCCCUGCCCCUACUCCCCACCAUUGGCCUGUGCUAUUCCUGUCUUUGCCCAUACCAUCACAGCUGGUCUCUGGCAGAGGGUGGCAUUGCCUGGCAGCAGUCACACUCAAGCCUGAGGGGCAGGCCCCUAGCCAUCGUCCUAAGUCCGAGCCCCUCUUGGACCAGGAGAGGUGUAGAGGUGGUUGUUGCUUCCAUUUUCACCUCACUCAACUGUGUGACAUUGACCCGUUCCCACCCCGACCCUUGCCCUUGGUUUUCCCACCUGUAAAAUUCAGAAAUGCAGUUGGAAAGUCCUUAUGCAUUUAGUCAGUGAAUAUGUGUAGAUCACCUUCUGUGUGCCAGUUAAUCGUCAGAACCCUCACAGAGCUCCCGGUCCAGAGAGAAGCCAGACAAUUAAAACAACAAUCACAAUGAA